AUGUCAAGCCGCAAACACUCAGAGGAUAAACCUCCUCUACGAGGACCAGCAGGUCCCCAUCGUGGUGAUAGGCAUAGGCCGCCUAAGAAUUAUGGUACCAGAGACAGGCAAGUUAAUGAAGAGGGACAUGAGAAUCGUAGAUUGGAUGGAGGUCGCGAGAACAAAGACAGUGGCACCAAGAGACAUGGGGCGAGGGCAGAUCGAGGGAGUCGCUCUUCUGAGCAGAUCAGCUCGAUAAACACUCAACUUCCUAAGUCUGAUAAUUGCUCUCCAACAACAACAACAACAACAAUAACAACAAGACCAACAACAGCAACGACUGAUAUUGAAUCAGCAUCAAAAGGCAACUCAAAUAUUGACAAACCCCGGAUCAAUCAUCGUGGAGAGGGAUAUUCGAAUUCCACUGUAAAUUCCAUGCCAUCGAGACCAAAUAAUAUUAUGGAAAAAUCUGUCAACACUCUUACCAACGUUUCUAAACAAGUUCCUGUUACAGAAUCAUCUCAGUUAGAAUCUCUUAUUGAUGCGUUGAUGCAAUUUGCCGACCAAGGGGAUUCUAGGAGUGUGUUAAAUCAAGUACGAAACUCGGCCGAAGAGAGUCUGAAACAGCAAGUUGAGGAAAUACAGAAGAUGAGUCUCAUCAUGCAAAGCUUCCCUACGCACAUGGAUGUACAAAACAAACGCAAAGCUGAGGCAGAAGAUGUUCUUACGAGAACCAACGAAGAGCUUGAGAAGGCCAAGAGAUUGCAGAAAGAGGCAGCUAAAAUUAUUGCCUCUCACCUGGUUAUCAAAGCCUCGCCUCCUAUCGCAGAUGACUCGAGGUACCUCCAGGAACGUUGUGGGAAGUUGGAAGAGAAAGUGAAGGACCUUGAAAGAACAAUGGCUGCCAUGGAUCAGAAAGAUCAAUUCUCCGAUAUCAACGAUCGCUUUCAAGAAAGUCAAGCCGAAAAUCGUAAGGUUGUUGCCGAGAUCAAAAGAAGUGAGGCACACUUUGCAGAAAUGAUUGAAACCAGCGAAGCCAAGACAAAACACGAACACCAUAAUCUGUCUGACCAAUUUACAAAGCUUGAUCAACGGCAUCAAGCUACUCGUAGCGAGCUUGCUUCACUCGGUCCCCGUCUGGAUAGCCAUGAAAAUUCCUUGAAGAAGCAUGAUGCGCUGAUCAACGACUUGGAGGAAAAGAUGACAACGCUCCAGCAGGAGACCGACAAACAAUCCACUAUCUUGAAAGCGAAAAUUGAUGAUGUUGAACUUCUUACAAAUAAAGUUACAUCCCUCGAAAAGUCAUCAGAAAUUCACAAGGUUUCCGUACAUGAUUUCAAGUCGUCUAGCCUGGAAAAAAUCAGUCAACUAAAGAACGACAUGACAAAGUUUAUUGAACUCCAGACUGCUCAAAAGGACGUCGCCGAAAGACUUGGAACUCACGAACAGGAGCUAAACGCCAUGAAGGAUGCUCAUAAGGCCAUCCUUAAAAGUCUUGGAACUACUGUGGAGGAAUUAAACUCCCUGACGGAUAAGGUUGGUCGAUUGGAGCAGAUUCCUCAAGCUCCGUCCAUUGCUAUAUCCCAGACUCCCUCUAAAAUAGCGAGCGGAUCAAGCGCAACAAUGAUCGGGGUGAUGCAGACUAGAAUUCGUAAUGCUCUAGAAGACAUUAGGGUUCUGGAGGAAAGAAUCGACAAGAUCGAAAGCCCUCUUGGAUCUCCUAGCCGCGCUAUGCCCAGGAAGAUGCUAAAGCUGAAUGAAUUGGAGGACUCUUUCAAAAAAAUGGAUUCUCUCAGCACGAAUAAGCCAGUUACGAGAAUCUCGCCAUUUUCCACAGCAGCGCAGGAUAUCACGGAUGUCAAGAAAGCUUUUGAACUUUACAAAGAGCAGCGUGAACAAAUGGACCAAGUUUGGAUUAGACGCGUUGAGGAGCUCGAUAACCAAGUAAAAUCUAUACAACGCAAUGAUAUCACUAUCAAUGAAAAGAUCGCUGAGAUCCAGUUUCGUAUGGAUGUAUUCGUGCAAGACCUAAAUCGCAUUGCUAAUCGAGCCACUGAAACGAGCAACGACCAAAACGCGAAUACUAUAGCCUUAAGGCAUUUAAAUAGUCGAUUCAACAAUAUAUCAACAGAUGAUCUAGCGAAGAACAUGCUACACCAGUUGGAAGUAAUUUAUCCCGAUGUUGGAAAUGCCGAAAGAACUUUCUUAGAGUUGAGGAAGCAACAUUCCAGCCAUACCACCCAACUGGAGAGGUUGAAGAGUCAAGUAGUGGCCCUCCAAGGCCAAUCUGCCCGCAAGCAAAGCCCGACAAAUGCAGGCAAUGGAGCUACCGAGUCUUUACGCCAAGAAGUAGACUCGUUGACUAAAGGUCAAAUUAAGCUCGGAGCAACUGCUAAGAAACUUGAUGAAGCUACCGCAAGCACUCAAGCUGGGUUGACUACACUCAAACAGUCUUACACAACCCUGGAUCUUAAGAUUCAAGAUCUCAAUGGAAAGAUUGAGACUCAGCAGAAGAGUUUAACCGACAUGAGUGCGGAUCUCAUUGAAGCAGUCGGAGACCUGCAAGCCGGCCUCGAAUAUCUUCAAAAGAGUUCCAGCAAUGAUACCAUAGAGGCCGCAGGUGAUACUCCUGCGCCUGCUCAGUCUACUCUGCUCCGAGCCCAACAAUCUUCAGCACAGGAAGCGGUGAUAAAUGGCAAGAAAAGGAAAGAUGUGACAGGUGCAGAGCUCUCUAGACCCGAGAGUCUGACCAAUGGUCACACACGGAGCCCUUUGAGAAAGAAAGCUAAGAGAGCCGAGGGUGGUGAGGAUCUUGAGCAAUUGAACCAGAGACCCAAUAAAAAAUGA